AUGGCUUCCUUUACAGUUGAUUUCUGCUUAUUUGAUUUGGAUGGUACAAUUGUAAGUACCACAGUUGCUGCGGAAAGCGCAUGGAAGAAACUAUGUGCAGAAUAUGAUGUCGAUCCGGAAAAAUUAUUUAAAUACUCUCACGGUGCUAGAUCUAAUGAAAUCAUGGCAAGAUUUUUCCCAAAAUUAGAUAAUAGUGAUAAUAAAGCAGUUAAAGAACUGGAACUUUCUAUGGCCUAUGAUUACUUAGACACCGUCCAAUUGAUUCCCGGUUCUAAAGAUCUGUUGAUUUCAUUGGAUAAAGAAACUGGGUCUGCAAAGGAAGUGGGACAAAGAAAAUGGGCUAUUGUUACUUCAGGUUCACCGUAUUUGGCAUAUUCUUGGUUCGAUACCAUCUUAAAGGAAAUUGGCAAACCUGAUACCUUCAUAACAGGCUUUGACGUGAAAAAUGGGAAGCCGGACCCAGAAGGUUAUGCUAAAGCUCGAGACCAAUUAUGCGAAACACUAAAACUUGAUAAAGAGAAAGCAAGAUAUGUUGUGUUUGAAGAUGCGCCUGUGGGCAUCACCGCAGGGAAGAAGAUUGGUGCCAUUACUGUUGGUAUUACCUCUACGUAUGAUAAGGAAGUUCUAUUUGAUGCGGGUGCCGACUUUGUCGUUGAAGAUUUGACUCAUGUCACGGUUAACAAGAACAACAGUGACGGUAUUAUAAUUGAAAUUUUCGAUCCAGUUCGAGAAUGA